AUGCCACGCCGGGGCCGGUCCGGCAGCCGGCAUCGAACCCGCCGCCGAGCGGGCUCGUCGGCACGAAGGCAAAGCCGGAGGUCACGAAGCCGAGCCAGACCGCAGCGCCGCAAGCGGCAGCGUGAGGCGUCUUCGGCAUCCGAUACAAAGCGGAAUGCAGAAGCAGGCAAAAAGACAGAGGGCAAGAAAGUGAAGAAGGUGAAGGACAAAGCUAAAGAGAAGCCGGACAAGGCAGAAAAAGCCGAGAAACCGGAAAAGCCUGACAAAGCUCCAAAGGCUGGCAAAAGCAAAGCUGAGAAGGCCGACGGUGAGAAGGCGGACAAAGCCAAGGCAGAAAAGCCUGACAAGGCGGCGGGCAAAGCUGGUAAGGGAGACAAGGCAGAAAAGCCGAAGAAGUCGAAAGAGGAGAAGGACAAAGGAGCUGCAGCUGGAGCUGAGGACGGAGGGAAGAAGACGAAAAGCAAAAAGAAGGAUGCUGCCGCAAAAGCAGAUGCAAAGAAAAAGCCCGCCAAGGCAAAGAAGGAGAAGCAGGGUUCCGACUCCGACAGUUCCGACGACAGCUCUUACUCGUACUACUCUUCGAGCAGCCAGGGCGACGAGCAGCAGCAGCAGCAGUUCAUGAACGCCAUGAUGCCCUGGGCGAUGAUGCAGGGUGCAAUGCCGACGGCUGCCAUGGGCACCUCAGGGCAGCUGGGCAUGGCUGGAUAUGCGCAGUACGCCGCAGGCCAGUAUCCAGGAUACGGUGCAUCUUACGGAUACACGGAUCCGUAUGGAAGGCCAUAUGGUGCUAGCAUGGGCGAGCAGGUGCCAGCAGGCUACCAGGCACCGCCGCCGCCUCCUCCGCCAGGUGUUCCAGGAGGAGCCGUUGGCGGGGCCUCGUACAUGCAUGGUCCAAUGACCGAGCACGACAGACUCGCGGAUGAGCGCGACAAAGCUCGUAGACGUUUAGAAGAUGAAGCGCGGCUUCGAAACGAAGAACUUCAUCGAAAAGCUGAAACUGAACGAGCCACAGCUGCCGUCCGGCAUGCCAUCAACAACCUUCAAAACGGACAGUUCGACUCGAUUGAUGGGCUUCUGAAGACCUUGGAGUCCGUGGCGGCGAGGGACCUGUCGAAGACCGAAGGUCUGCAGGAGAUCCUGAAGAAGGACAUGGACAAGGCCAUCGAGGAAGCUCAGCAAAGGCGAGCAGUGAUGGCCGAAUUGAAGUCCAUGGUCAGGAGUGGUGAGGACCACAUCAAGGCCACAGCCGAGCUGAUUCGCGAGAAUGUGGGGCUGCAGAAGGAAAACGACAGGGAAGACAUGAAUGACCAGCUCGAAAAUGCCGGCCUGGAGGCCCAAGGCAUGAGCGACCGGUACCAGUCGUUCAUGGACGAGAAGGCGAAGGAGCACGAGGAGCUCCAGAGCUUCACCAAGGGCCCUGCCUUAGUUGAUCUGCGCCUCGUCAUCGCGAAGAUCAAGAAGCUGAGUAGCGACUUGACAAUGACAGCCACGAAUGCCGCCAGCGUCGUGCGGGAGGGCAAGCAGAAGCUGGCACGUCAGGAGGCGGCCGUAGCGCGAACCAAGCGCAUGCAGGAGCUCUUCGACCAGUACGAUGCCGACAGCGACGGCUGUUUGUCUCAGCUGGAGGUCCUCCAGUACUCCCAAGGUGAGUUUGAAUUCACCCCUGCAGAGUCCUGUCUAGAGCGGCUCUGGCGAAACUGGGUGCCAGCAGGCAUGGCUGGCAUCACUUUCGACCGCUUCCAGCAAAUGAAGGUGGCGAUCGGCACGGCCCGUGUCAUUGAGCGGGACCAGGAGAGAAGACCAGCUGGCGCCUCGGCGCCUCUGACGGCUGACGCGCUGGAGUUAAUGCUUAGGGUAGAACGUGAGGCAAUCGAGGAAGGUCAGGCCUCGAAGACGGAGCUGCCACAGCAGAGUUUGGGCUCAAGGCAGCAAGAAGCCAUCCAAACAGCGUCCGAUACUAGUGGACGGAUGGUUUGCGACGCUGGGAUGAACGUCGACAUUGCAGUGGCAUUGUUUGAAAAGGGCUAUACGGAGGCCAGUGUGCAAGAGGCGAUAAAGUCCUGUUCGACUCUCGAGGAGGCCAUGUCGUUCCUGAACCCGAAGCACAAGCAGACCAAGGUGCACGACUCGACUGUCCAGGGGGCCGGUGACAGGCCACGUCGGCGUGCGACAGGGAAGAAGGCUCAGACCGGAAGUGUGGCCGGAGCUCCCUGUACUGGUCCCAACGAGACACCUGCGGCAGAGCAGGUGCCGCUGACUGUGGGCAACUCCACGCUCCUGCAACGUGUCCUGGAGCGGCAGCCGAAAUCCAAAACUUGUGAGGAGUUAAGUGCAUCUGCCGCGCCCACACCGUCUGAAACAGUUUCCUCGGGUGACAGUGUGGCUGCCCCAACACCUGUGGAGCCAGAGAAGCGAAGUGUGGAAGCCGCGGAGGCCAUGGAGGCUGUGGAGGCUUCCAUGGAAGCCGAGGAAGCGGAGGCGCCUCCGCCUCCUCCUUCGCCAGUGCGCUCCAUUGAGCCCAACGAGCAUGGCAUGAAGUGGUGGCGAGAGGCAGCCGCUCGAUGGCCCAAGAUCUACCAGAACUUGAGGUUGGAAGCUUCUCUCAGCAUCCUUCGGCCCGAAUGCCGGGCGGUCACCGACUACCUGGGCUCAGUGCACUUUGGGGAGUCGGCCACCACGACGCCAGUGCGGAAGCGCACGAUGGAGGAGCAGGCAAGCACCAACGGAAAGAAGAAGCGGCAGGUUUGCAAAGCAGCCCUGGUCCUGGCACGUUAUAGUGGCAGCCAGUGUUCCAUCAUGGCCGGCUCUUCGUCGGGAGUUGAGCAGCUCCCGGUGAUGGAAGAACCGGUGCUGAAGAGGAAGAGCGGCUUGUUUCCGCCGCCAGAGUCAGGAUUGCUGCACGUGGACUCCGAUGACGAACCGGACUCAGAUGGGGGUGGCUACCAGGAAGGGCAACCACCCGAGCCAUCUCCGGCCCAGCUUGCGAGUGAUGCUGAUGACGGCGUUGUUUGGCACGCCAAGGUCUUUACGGACGACUACAUCCACCCGAGGGACUGUUUGCCGUCGGGUGAAGUGAAGCCGCGGCGGCCGAUGCCCGUCAUCAGACAAUCAGAGCUCUUGUCCCAGCUGCAGAAAGUUGGGGACACAUGGAUUCUGCCAGGUCCGCUGAAUGGCUGGCCUAGCCUGGUCAACCUGCAGCUUCGAUCUAUCACUCAAAAGCAGCGAGGCCUACUGCCAAUGACGGCGGCUGUGAAGCGCAUCUGGGUUGAGGGUGACGAGCUUCCAAAGAAACUGCCGGAGAGAUGUCGUGCAACAUUCCUGGCACCCUCCUGGAUGAAGAAGGGCUGGUCCAAAGAUUCGGCCGGCUUUGUGUGGUGGUUCACACCGCGAAGCAUCCGCAGCCCCUGUGCCUGCCACUUUGGAGAGCGAUUGGUGUCCACACUUCUCACGGGACCCCACAAGGAUGCAGAGGCUGUCCAGGUGCAUGCGAUUGCACAUCGCUACCCGGUGGACAGUGAGACGCUGCGGGACCUUCAGACAUGGCAUGUGGCGGUCGCGUUGGAAUGGUCCCAUGGACAGUUUUCAACCCUGGUAGAGUUAGCAUGGCUCAACGGCAUCGGUGGCUACGGUGGAAAGAGCAACUGGGUUGCCGACAAGCUUGAGCCAGUGCCUGAAAUCUACGAAGCAAUGGCAAGCUCUAUGCGAGGAAGCUGGAACCAGGUAAGAUCUGAGAUCCGCAUGAUCGACAUGCCAAUCACGUCGAAAGAGCAGCUAGAGCAGUAUCUUCGGAGGUACAGUGAGGACGGUGGCUUGCCUCGAAACGAGUGGCGCUUCAAAGCGCCCCGAAUAUAUGCAUCUUCUGAGGUGCGUCUGAGACUUCGCAGUCCCGCACACAUUGCCGGCUACCUGCUGAACUACAUCAGCAGAGUUGCCGAGUACGACACACUGCGCAAGAAUUGCCAGACAUUUGCCACAGACUUCUUUGCGUUCCUGAUGCGCAGCCGCACGAGUUGGGCCUGGGAUUGUGUUGUUUGCCAGUAUCUGCUGCUGCGACACUUCGCCGUGGCGGUCCGUGCGUCUGGGCUGUGGUCACGGCUGGUACUGUGCUGGGAUGCUCAGAUGCUGGUCCGUGAGCAAGAGCAAGAGGCUGGACUUGCUUUCUCUGUAAGCAGUUCUCGGCAUCCGACGAAUGCAGGUCCCGAGUGCUCCUCGGUCCUCGCUGAACGAGAUCUGAGGAAGCUCCUCCCCACCGAAACGAUCGAUCGGCUCCUGGCACGGAGCCUGGAGCAGGCCGUGUCGUCUUCAGCGAACAUCCGUGCCUGCCCAACGCCGAAUUGCGUUAUGCGGGUCGCCAUCGAAGAGGGCGACAUCACAAAGUUCAAGUGUACAAUCUGCAAGAAGGAGUCAUGCCUUCGCUGUGGACGACAGCCGUUCCACAGAGGGAUGACAUGCGAGGAGUACGCCGAAAAGCUGAAAAAUUCCACGCGGGCUGCAAAGAAGGAGCGUCAGGCUGACCAGCUCUUCGAGCAGUGGAUGGAAAAGACGGGCUCAAAGCAGUGCCCGACAUGCCGCAUGGCCGUCACGAAGCAGAAUCUUGACAAGCAGAAAACACAGUACUCCGAAUGUCACAAGAUGAGCUGCCGGAACUGUGGAACUAAGUUCUGCUUCAAGUGUCUGGCGAUUCUUACAGACAGCUAUACGUGCGGAUGCACUAUUGAUGCCCACGGCUUCAUUGACCCAGUGACGGGCAAGAUCGUCAAGCACCUGAAGAAGAGGGCCAAGAAAUGA